AUACCUGUAACCGCAUAUCUGACAGGAAAUAGUGCAUGUGCUGUUGGGACUGGUUUAAAUUAAAUAGAGGGUCACACGCUUGGGAGGUCUAGUGCUGUUUUCACAUGACGCAAUAACUGUGCCUGAUUGAUAGUACCUGGCAGGAAAUCAUUGUAGCCAGGUGGAAUUUUGUCAUUCAGCGACUAUUUAAUUUUCUUUGGCAGUCAGUGGGUUAAAGACUUAAAGGGACAACUGUGAUUUCCAUAAACCAGUAAGGACAGUGACAUUAACCAAACGCAACAUAUUGCACAAUAACCACCGUGUAUUGUAUCUGUCACUACUGAGGUCUGGCCCUACACGUGUAACACGGUGCUUAGAGCUUCCGGGCACCAGGGGGCGCUGGUCCAGCCAGGCUCCAUAAUAAACCGUGAGUCCGUCAGUGCACAGCACAUGUUGCGGUGUCCGUGUGCGGAGCCGGUGAGUCACUGUUACACAGCACUUUGGUUUGAUUUUCGCCAAGUCAUCGUGCGGUGUUUAUAGGGAGGCUUCUGCGGCUCGGAGCUCAGUGAGAAGCGAGGAAGCAAGCGCUACGCCAUGGGCACUGACAGCACGGCAGCCCGUACACUGCUGGACAGGGCGGACACGCUUAACCUGCAGACCGGUAAUCUGCUCAACUGGGGCCGCUUAAAGAGCAAGUGUCCGCUCAACCCCAGCGAGGAGCUGCACGAUUGCAUCAGAACAACGCUAAAUGAAUGGAGCUUAAAGAUCAGUCCAGAACUUGUACAGGAAUCUCCACAAACUCUAGAAUGUUCACUUUCACAGGCAAUUGAGACUAUAAACCCAGAUGAGAGAGAAGAAAUGAGAGUAUCUGCCAAGUUGUUUGUUUUGGGGUCUGGCAUUUCCUCAAUUAGACGUGCUGUAGACAUGGCGUGUUCCACCCUUGGAGUCACCCAGUUAGAUUCUGUGAUCAUCGCACCACCCCCACUGGAAGACGGCACCAGCCUUUCCUUAGAGCACUUACAACCCUAUUGGAGAGAGCUAGAAAGUCUAGUUCAAGACAAGAAAGUUGUUGCUAUAGGAACGUCGGAUUUAGAUAAACCUGUUUUGGAGCAGCUAUACCUGUGGGCGCAGGUGAAACCGAACAGCAACCAGGUUAAUCUUGCGUCAUGCUGCAUAAUGCCACCUGAUCUGACUGCAUUUGCAAAAGAGUUUGACAUUCAGUUAUUGACGCACAAUGAUCCCAAGGAGCUCCUGUCAGAAGAGAGUUUCCAAGAGGCUCUUACUGAAGGUAUCCAGGAAUGUCAAGCAGUUGAGUGGUCUCCAGCAUGGUUCCUGCGAUACUCAGUCAUCGUUAAAACACGUGGGAUUAUAAAAUCAAAAGGUUAUAUUUUGCAAGCUAAAAGGAACGUGUCACCUUAGCAGCACAAGAGUUCUUUUAAUACCCAAAGACCACUGGCUGUGAUUUUCAGACCCACCUAUGACAGUCAUUGCAUGAAAGAUGUUUCUGAAGACCAAAUUAGUUAGUUGAUACGGUAUGUGUGCAGCCUGCAUGCUGAGUACACAGCAGAAGUCACAUGCGUCUAGUGAAUGGACUAUUCCUUAAUUAGACAAUAUGUAUAUAUUGUAAGAAAUGUGUGAGCAACGAUUGUGUUUUUCAUGUCAUUUAGCUCCAUAUUGGGCUAUGAAAUGUUUUCAUGACAAAGGUUAAGAAAAGUAACCUCCGACAUAGGUUUCAAAACUACUCUAUGUAUUUCCGUUUUUAGUCAAAACUAGAUAUGAAGCCCAUUGCAUUUAGUAUAUAUGUUCAUAGUUCUCUUAAGAGGUGUAGAAGGCAAGAAAAAAAACACCUCGGAAAAAAGCUGUUAAAUAUUAAAAUAGAUCUGUUAAUGAACAUGAACAAAGCUCUACAUGAGCAGAAUAAAUAGGUUUACUUGGCACAUUACACAUGGAUUAAAAAAAAAAUUGGAAUAAGUUUUAAAUGACCCUCUUCGAUUAAACUAAUAUAUGCCUACCGUGUCCCUUUUAGGCUCUGUGUGGGUAUCAGAACUGUUUAAGGAUAACUGUCUAAUAUUAGGGCUUGAAAAUGUGUUUUAAUACACUGAAUAAUCUCAUUUAAAACAGAAUAUUUUACUCCAGUUCUUAAAAAAGAAAAAAAGAUGCACGUACAAAUGCUUUGUAAGAUACAGAAUGGGCUUUAAGGUGGCGUACAAGUGCAGUAGGAAAAUGUGUUAAUGUGCUAGAGUAUUUUACUGUUUCACUUCUGUGUGUUUGACACAGUCUGCUCUGGAACAGCAAUGCGCUACUGCUCCUGUGCUGGGCGUGGUUGGUGAUCGGCAGUUAUGCACUUAUGCUGUUUGGUUUACUGUCCAUAUCCAGUAUACAGACAUGCACUGCUGCUCCAGAUUGAACUUUAAAGGGACAUAUUACCAGUAUGCUGCCUGAUUUGAAACUGAUGGAGGAUAUUAGAAAAGCAAAAUAACUAAAAAAAAAUUGCAUGAAGUUCUUUCCUCCCAUUGUAAUACUUUUAAGCAUCCAAUCGGAAUGCUUGUCCUGAGAAAUCCAGGUAUGCUUUAUUAAACUGUUUUGUUUCUCACUAUUCUUCUGGGGUAAAUGAGAAUUCACAUUAAGUAACGUGUCCCUUUAUGUAUUUAACCCCUUUACUCUAGCACAUUAGAGCAUUUUAAUAGUUCUUUUGUUUAUGUCCCUUUUUAAAAGCAAUGUAGAGCUGCGCAUAUUCCUUACAGUUUCUGAUUUGUAAAAUAUUCUAUGACAAUGUGGCAAAAUUUUCAAGGGACAUUUAACUCAGAAAAUAUUCUACCAUCCACAUAAAGCAGAAUUUAAACAGGUUGUGUUUUUUUGGCUGAAGUAAUAUUAAGUAUAAACUAUUAAAUUGAAACUAAUAGUGUAGUCAUCCGUGCCCUUUCUUCUAAUGCCCAUUGGCUGAUAGUGAUCACUAAUGAGCAGUGACAGGAUAUGCACAACUGACACUGCUGUUAGUUUUAGUCUGCCCUCAUCAUGUUUAUAUGUGUCUAUCAUAGGAAUAUUUUGAGUACAGUGUCCCUUUUAAAUAUCAAGUUACGGUUUAAUAUUCUAUAUCCAUGAUGGCUAACCUUAGCAACCCCAGAUGUUUUUUUGAAACUACAUUUCCCAUGAUGCUUAGGCACUUUGCACUCUAGUUUAGCAUCAUGCAGUUCCAAGACAUCACUGUUUUAUGUUUUUGUUUUUGGUCGUACUGAGGAGUCUUAGCCUUAAAACAUUAUGUACAUUUGAUAUACGCACAGCUUGUAACUUCUGUUAAGGCAGGGGAAAGAUUGUUCCUUUACAGUUAAUUAUAUUUUCUAUAGUAAAAAGAAAAAACACAGAGGUUUGCAGUAUAAACCUGGGUGUCAUUUCCUCAUUCAUUAAAGUCGUUUUGCUGCUUAUUAAACCAUGAGAGCACUGAAGGUUAGGAAAAUGUUACUGCCGUUAUCAUUCUGCUGUAACUUUGACUCGCAGAUAUUACUCAAGUGGCUGAACUGGCACAAAUUCGACUGAUUAUUAACCUUGUUAAUCUCCUCUGGCUCAGAACCACAAUUUUUCCAGUAUAAUAUAUCUACUCAUGAAAGCAAAAAAAAUCACUUUUAUUACUCCUAUCCAAUACUGACUGUUACACUGAUUAUAUACUCAUUAACAGAUCCUAUUUAAAGGUACAUAACCCCCUAUUCAAUGUGCAUUUUAAAAGCAACUUUAUUUUUAAGCUUGCAGGCACCUUCUUAAUUCUUCUACCCGCUUGCAGCUGAAACGGUAGCAAGCAUUUGGACAGCAGUGGAAAGUAUGAGGUACCUUCUGCUGCUUUUAAAAAGACUCAAAAAUGAAUAUCUUAGAUCAGACAUUCUCAAACUUGGCCCUCCAGAGGUUUUGGAACUACAUUUCCCUGGCUGAGCAUCAUGGGGAAUGUAGUUCCAAAACCUCUGGAGGGCCAAGUUUGAGGAUGUCUGAUCUAAGGGGUAGUAAUUUUUCUUUCUUUUUUAAGCUUAAAAAUGUAUGUUCUUAAAUGCCUAUUAGAAUUAAUGAAUGAACCUGUAUUUACUUUUUUUUUUUUGUCCCUUAAAGGGAAAUUAAAUACUUUGAGAUGGUAACAUAAAAUUAUAAAUCGUGCGUAUAUAUAAAAAAACAAACAAACAAAAAAAAAACUCUUAAGUAUACUUUCAUUAUUUUGUCCCCUUUUCAUGUAAAUCUAUUCUGAAAUUGUGAGCUUUCCAGUUUCUGUUAGAAAUGGAAGUGCAGAACACUGUUAUAUUACACACAGCCAUUGGCUACACGCUCUAGUGACCUAUUUAUAACUGUCCCUAAUUGGCCAUAGAAGAGAAAGUAACCUAAGUUACAACAUAGCCAUUCCUAUUGUUUUAUAGAUACCAAUAAUUUACAUUUUUGUCAAUAUUUAAACAGCAAAUGAAUCUUUAAAAAACACCUACAUAUUAUUCUCAGACUAAUCUUUUCUUUGAAUGCAUCCUACUAUUAUUUAUUUAGUGUUUAAUGUCCCUUUUUAAGUGAGGGUUAGGGAACUAAAAGUCCAUGAAUGGUUUUAUAAAACAUUUUAUCUGUUGCAUUAUUGGGAUACUGUAAUGUAAAAUAAAACAAUAAGUCAUCAAUACAAAAAACAUUAUUUAAAGGGACAUUAAACCCAGAAUUUUUCUUUCAUAAUUCAGACAGAGAAUACGAUUUUAAACAACCUUCCAAUUUACUUCUAUUAUCUAAUUUGCUUCAUUCCUUAGAUAUCCUUUGUUAAAGAAAUAGCAAUGCACAUGGGUGAGCGAAUCACAUAAGGCGAAUAUGUGCAGCCACCAAUCAGAAGCUACUGAGCCUAUCUAGAUAUGCUUUUCAGGGAAGAAUAUCAAGAGAAUGAAGCAAAUUAAAGAAUAGAAGUAAAUUAGAAAGUUGUUUAAAAUGGUAUUCUCUAUCUGAAUCAUGAAGAAAAAAAAAUUGGGUUUAAUGUCCCUUUAAAUAUCUUAUUCUUGCAAGUACACAACUGAUUCUGGUUUAUUGGUUUAAGUAUGAAGCUUUUAUUUAAUAUUUUCUAAGCAAAAAAAUGCUUACGUCUUUUUAAAUGCUUUUUUUCUAUUUGGAUAACAAAUUCUUGAUGAAGUACAGUAUCCAUCUAAAGGGGGAAAUGCAUACGGCCGGGUUCUUCUGAGUAAGCAACUAAAGUCUAAUAAAUAAGAAAGAAAACUGACGAGAUUAGAAAUGCUUUUAGUAAAAGCUGCUGUAAUUGUAGGAUAAUAUAUUUAGCAGUGAUGUUUUAUAAUUGCACCGGUUUCCUCUUUGCCUUAUAUGAAAUGUUGAUGUUCUAUUCGGAUCAAUGUCUGGUAUGGAGGUCUGAGACUAUUUUUACAGGUUUUUUUCUGCUGUUAAAUAUCAUUGUUAGAUUUUGAUGUGACGCAAUAUAUUUAUUUUUUACAAAAGUAAGUUCCUUAUGCAACAUCAGUAUGCAGAGCACUGUGUUGUAGACCACCCUGGAGGUUAAAGGGUUAAGUGGUAUAACUGAUAAUUGUUUAAUUAAGAAGAAAAUACUCAACAUGUUUGUUACUGUGCAUGAACUUUAUUCUAGCUUUGGAGUGUAGGUUUUUGCACUUUUUUUUUUUUUUUUAAGUACGUUUUUCUUUUGUUGCUAGAACUAAAUCUUUUUCAGCAACUUUGUUACAUGUUCCCAUUUUAUAACCUUAAAGGGAUAGUCUAAUCCAAAUUAAACUGUCACGUUCAGAUAGAGCAGGCAAUUUUAAGCAACUUUCUAAUUUACUCUUAAUUUUUUUUGUUCUCUUGCUAUCUUUAUUUGAAAAAGCUGGAAUGUAAGUUUAGGAGCCCCAUCUUUGGUUCAGGACCUGGGUAGCACUUUCUGAUUGGUUUCUGAAUCAUAAAGGCAAAAUAAUGUUUUAUAUCCCUUUUAAUGAAUGCCUAUUGCAUUGUUUUUGUGUUAAAAUAUUUUAAUGGUCAAUUAAAUUUUGAUAUUUGUCAAUGAAAUGUUACCAUAACUUUCACCUUUUAGUCUAGUCAUUUGCAGACCACUUGCAAAUCUGAGAUUUUUCUCAUAGUUACUUAUAACAAUCGGGUAGUUCACAUUUUAAUAAAACUAUAAAUUGACUUCCCCUAAAGAGUUUUACUUUGAUUUGGGAACUUCUAGACCACCUGUACUUUAAUUCUGCAUAAAUCUAAUCCGAAACUGAUCAGUCUUGAAUGACUGGUUGUGUUUAUUGUAUAAGGUCAAAAUAUCGGUAAUUGUUUUGUAUGGUUUUUUUUUUUUUUCAGCAUAACUGUCUAAUAUUUUUCCAAAGCUGUAUCUAUCUUUUUUUAUGCUGCUAUUGUGACCGUUGCACUAUUUAUAUGAACUUUAAUUCUAGAUUUAUGACUAUUGUUGUUGUAACCUAAUUAAAACCAUUAUAUUGAUUAAGUAUUCAAUAAAAUUGUAAUAUUAAGUUAA